UCAGUGCGGUCGAGUACUACUACGCUCCCUCCUCCCCCCUAUUUUAAUGCUAGCUAAGAUGGUGGUUUGAGCGUAAAUUGUCUCCUCAAUACUAAGAAAAGACAGGGGCAAAAAGACAGAUUUAUAGCCUUUUACUUAACACCGAACAGCACACCUACGGUUACCCCAAGUGACCGCUUCGAGAUAUUUUGACAUUUCCCCACACAUUUACUCGUAGUCCCCGCCCAAUUCGGUGUGACUCUCUUGGAGUGGAAUCCUAGCUAAAUACGGACAGGUCCUCGCAGUUCUGCGCUCCGCGACCGCUUCAACGCUCAGUCUCGCCACGCCGUAGGAUGUCCCAUAGCCCUGAAAUGAAGGACGACCCCAUGGAGUGCCCCCUAUGCAUGGAGCCGCUGGAGAUUGACGACGUCAACUUCUUCCCCUGCACCUGCGGCUACCAGAUAUGCCGCUUCUGCUGGCACCGCAUCCGCACAGACGAGAACGGCCUUUGCCCGGCGUGCAGAAAGCCGUACCCCGAGGACCCCGCUGUGUACAAGCCUCUGUCACAGGAGGAGAUCCAGAGGAUAAAGAACGAAAAGAAGCAGAAACAGAACGAGAAAAAGCAGAAGGUGACGGAGAACCGCAAGCACCUGGCCAGCGUCCGAGUGGUCCAGAGAAACCUGGUGUUCGUCGUGGGGCUCUCGCAGCGCCUCGCUGACCUGGAGGUCCUAAAACGACCAGAAUAUUUUGGGAGAUUCGGGAAGAUCCAUAAAGUAGUUAUCAACAAUAGUACGUCUUAUGCAGGGUCACAGGUCCAGGGGCCGAGUGCCAGUGCGUACGUUACCUAUGUUCGCUCAGAAGACGCUCUCAGAGCAAUACAGUGCGUUAACAACGUGGUGGUCGACGGCAGAACACUCAAGGCGUCUUUAGGCACAACAAAGUACUGCAGUUACUUCCUCAAAAGUAUGCAGUGUCCUAAACCUGAUUGUAUGUAUCUACAUGAGUUAGGAGAUGAAGCAGCUAGCUUUACUAAAGAUGAAAUGCAGGCAGGGAAACAUCAGGAGUAUGAGCAAAAACUCCUGCAAGACCUGUAUAAAAUAAACCCUAGCUUUCUACAACCUCCAGUAUGUGGAGCAGAAAAGUCAAAAAGUAAAUCGGGCUUAACGCAAAGACAAAACAGUAGCAAUGGUAAAGAUGGGUGGCCCACGUUAUCAGGGCACAGCAAACUAGCCAAUGGCCUUUCAGAGGACCGCAAGUCCCCGCCGCUGCUAGACUAUCUAGACCAAGAGGGACUCGCCUCAGAUUGUCUCGAUACAGACAUCGGUCCUGGCCAGUGUACUGCCAUGUCCCCUUUCUCAUCAAACUGUGACAGCAACAGCAGCCCUAGUGACAAAGCUUCAGAGUCUAUUGGUAUGGUGAACGGCGAUACUUUCCAACAGAUGCCCACCAGUGACUCCCCAUCCCCUCCGCCGGGUUUGACCAAGCCCAGCCUGGUGGUGCCCAUCAGCGUGUCCGACCUCACAGCCCGCUCGCCUUUCGAGGGCGCGGCGGCCGAGUCGCAAUCACUCUUUUCGGACAACAGCAAUUUCAGACACCCCAACCCGCUCCCCACCGGUCUGCCCCCAUUUCCCAGCGACCCCCGGGCCUCCGAUUGGCCCAUGACUCCUGAACCGCAGAGCCUAUUCACGUCAGAAACGAUACCAGUGUCGUCGUCCACGGACUGGCAAGCGGCCUUCGGCUUCGGCUCGUCCAGCAAACAGCAGGAGGACGACCUGGGCUUCGACCCGUUCGACGUCACCCGCAAAGCGCUGGCUGACCUCAUCGAGAAGGAGCUGUCGGUACAGGAUCAGAGCUCGGCCUCCGCGGCGCCUCCCGCCCAGGGGGGCAAUCACGCACCCGGUCUCCCGCCCCCCAACGGCAACGCCGGCAACUCUCACCAUUUACACGGCGGGCUACCCCGCAUCCCCCAGCUACACCACCACAGGGCCAUCUACAAUUCCUUCAGUUUCCCCGGCGGUCAGAGCAGUCAAGCCAGUCAACAACAACAACAACAACAGCAGCAGCAACAGCAACAGCAGCAAGCUGCCAGACACCCCUGGAUGGGCAUCCCUUCGCGGAAUAACCUCACACACUUGAACCACUCAGCCACUGCUGCCUCACACAGUAAUUUCCUGGACCUGAAUAUGCCUCAUCAGCACAGCACAGGUCUGGGAGGGAUCCCCAUCUCAGAAAACAGCAGUUCUAUAGAAGGCCUAAAUGUGAAAGAGUGGCAAGACGGUCUCAGAGCGCUCCUGCCCAACAUCAACAUCAACUUCGGGGGCCUUCCAAACUCCUCUUCCUCCUCGUCCUCUUCAUCCUCAAACAGUGUUAACCACAUCGGCGGGCCGGCAGGCAUUUCGCACAGCCUGAGCUGGGACAGCACAGCGAGCUGGAUGGACCCUGCGAUCAUCACAGGCAUCCCGGCCUCAGCGGGCGCCAGUUUAGACUGUCUCCACGACGACAACCCCCCACACUGGCUCAAGUCCCUGCAGGCGCUCACAGAGAUGGACGGUCCGGCCAGUUCGGCGGCGGCGCCCGCCCCCCAGCCCCUCCACAGCGGCAUCCUGGACGGCCACCUCCCUCUCCACCACAGAGCCGCCGCCGCCGCCGGCUGGGCCCCUUACCUGCCCCCCGCCACAGCCAACCCCGCCAGCCAGUUCCACUCCCCCCCGCCAGGUUUCCAGACCGCCUUCAGACCCCAGGGACAGCCCGCCACAGAGUUGCUACAGAGUGCCACCGUGGACCGCCACUGAAUACAGACUCCACCCUUCCAUUUCCACCACCCUUCAUGUACCCCGACCCCCACCCCCCAAACAUCAAUCUGCAGAGUAUGAAAAAUGAUUAACAAAGUAACACAUAAUGCUUUCUUUUGGUCCACUUCCCCCCCCCCCUCCCCUCUUUGUUCGUGGCACACAAAUGAUCCAUAACCUUCGUCUGCGACCAUCACCAGUCCUUUGAUGAAGAUUGUGGGGUGGGGGGGGGGUGACCCCGGUGUAGUACUGAGGACCCCAAAAAAACUGACAGAUUGAAUUAAGCUUAAACGAGGGUUGUCUUUUUAAACGUAACUAACGGUGAAAAUGUAAACGGUUGUGAAUCAAGGAUGACAGUCGUCGCUCGGCUCCAUCGCUCGCCGAGGAACGACAACUCGGGUUUCGGGGAGUACGGGGAGCAGGCUAUGCACAGGGCUCCCCCCCGAGGGUGGGGCACCAAAAGGUUUGCCCCACCGGCUUGAGAGGCCCGGUGGCCCGCACGCCCUCCAGUGUUGGGCUCCCACUGGGGACAUUUUUGCCGAACCUCUGUAUCAGAGGGUAGGGCAGUGCCCAAUUGCAAGGGAGUGGCGCGUAGGAGGGGGUGGAGUGGGGGGGGAGGGGGAGAGUCCACCCCCGCGGGGAAAAGGUGGCACAUAUCCUGAGCACGAGGGUUAGACUCUUUACUCACAGUGCCACCGUGUGGUACCGACAGUAGCCUAACCCUAACGUGGACAAGCCACCAAGUAGAUAAAAGUCAAACUAAACAGAUUGAAAUACUAACUAGGCCGGCGAGGACAGGGGGGGGGGGUCAUCGGGAGCCCCCCCCCCCCAAACCCCCACCAGCCCCACCUUGUCGACUCGCGAGGGCUUAAUCGAGGCCUUAAUGUGGAGCGGAGAGAGAACAGAGCCUGAAUGCAUGUAGGUGAGGUCACAUGUCAAUGAUUGCAGUAUGCGUACCGGGGGGGAGGAUUUUAAAUUGUGGUUCACUAUAAAUGAAACGUACGUACAAAAUAUUUUUGUCUGCACGAUACUCAGUCGGGGCUGCAAGUAACUAUAUUGCCAUAAAUUGGUCAGUGAAAUGCUAACGUGUUGCUUCAAAUGAUAGAUUACACGAUCAUAGAAAUACAAGCAUAACAUUUGUGGCCGUGAAAAAAAUGCUCACUUGCGGUCCGACUUGGGUACAAUGUGUGCAAGAAAUACACAUUUGUGAAAUUACGGAAUAGUAAUUUGCAGCUAAGAAAUACUAAAAUUUGCUCGCGAGCUGGAUUAUGAAUUUGCGGUUCCAGAUGAGAUGUAAUUUGCGCGCAAAACACUUAAUUUUGUAGAUCGGACGUGGGCGACCAGUUGGGUAAAUGGAGCAGAACUUUUCUAGAAAGUGCAAAGCACGGCGCCCUCUUCCGUAUCCCGACGUUUGAGGCACGCCACAUAUUAUAUAGAAAUAAAAAUGGUUACGAAAAGUUUCAGACACAAGUUCAAUAUGUAUCUUCUCGCGUUUAGCGGAAGCGCACGUAGUUGGCGCGCCUGUCCAGUUCGGUGACGGGCAUCGCGUGCGUCCCUUCUGGCGACCGCAGUUGAAUUCCCCCAACCCCGGCACGCGAGGGCGCCGUACGUCGUUUUGUGCCACUUUGACACGUGCGAGUGAGCGGGCGUCACAAGGCAGCUGCAGUACGUAGUACCGUUGCGGUCAGUCUCAGCUUCCCCCGCCCCCACCGUAUUCGCCCACCACAUUCUGCCUUUCUUCUUUUCGAGUCUUAAUAAUUACUGACCCCAGUUUUUUGCUCUUCUGGCCCCCCUCCCCCAAACCCUCCCCCCCCAUUUAACAGUAUUGACUCACAAUGAUCAAAAUGGAAGGAACCGCCAACAGCCCUGGAAAUGGGUUUUAACUACAAUGCUGUCAGGAGGAAGGGGUUAAAAAAAAAAAAAAAAGAAGAAAAAUGACAACGAAAUGAACUUGAGGCGCUUAAAAGGAAGUACAACUGUCCUCUGCAGGUCUGGAAAAAAUGAACCUUGAAUAAAACUUAAAAA